CUAAAGAGUCGGCGAACGACUCGAAAGAAGAAGAAGGGCCGGACGUAGCCGCCACUUUGAGUGGUUUGCUAUCCGGACUUCCGACCCUCGCGGGUCCCCAACGCUUCGCCAAUUCCCUCCGGCAAAAAUUUGCCACCAAUUCCGGUUACCCCUGGCCCGGCCUGAUUGCUCCAGGAGCACGAGAUGAUAUUGCUUAACUCAUAUUAAUCAAGAAGGUAUCUUGAUUUUAAUCUGAUUAAAAAAAAAAAAAAAAAAUACCUAAAUCAACAAAAUGGAUACCAAUAUUCCUUUGAUCAACAUCAGCGUUAGGGAGCUGAAGGAGAUGAUUUUCGAGAAACUCGAAGAGCCUAAAGCUCAACGGAAAUUGAUCCUUGUGAUUGUUUGCAUAGCGCUACUUUUGGACAACAUGCUCUAUAUGGUGAUUGUGCCUAUAAUCCCGGAUUAUUUAAAGUAUAUCGGUGCCUUUGGAGAUGACAGUGAUUAUGCGAAUUCGACGACACCACAAGAACAUCACGGUCAGGAUAGAGCAACAGGUGUAUUAUUUGCUUCAAAAGCAAUAGUUCAACUCAUGGUGAAUCCCUUCUCUGGUGCUCUUAUCGAUAAGAUCGGUUACGAUUUGCCCAUGUUGGUUGGAUUAACAAUUUUAUUCCUUUCAACGGCACUCUUCACCUGCGGUCGUAGCUAUGGUGUUCUCUUUUUCGCUAGGAGUCUUCAGGGUGUUGGCUCUGCGUUCGCUGACACUGCCGGUCUUGCAAUGAUCGCUGAUCGAUUCACCGAGGAAGCUGAGAGAACAAAAGCACUUGGCAUUGCUUUGGCUUUCAUCAGUUUUGGUUGUUUGGUAGCACCACCGUUUGGUGGUUCAUUGUAUCAAUUUGCAGGCAAGGAAGUACCGUUUCUAAUUCUUGCUUUUGUAAGUCUCGCCGAUGGAAUGAUGUUGCUAUUGGUGAUGAAACCAAUCAAGGAACAAAUCAUCAAUAGUCAUCGUGAUAAACCACCGAGUAUUCCUAUUUGGAGACUUCUUUUGGAUCCGUAUAUUGCAGUUUGCGCGGGAGCGUUAAUGAUGUCAAAUGUGGCGCUCGCUUUUCUUGAACCAACAAUAUCGCUUUGGAUGACGGAUCACAUUACCCAUGACAAUUGGAAAAUGGGAAUGAUUUGGUUACCGGCUUUUGUUCCACAUGUCAUUGGUGUUAUGAUCACUGUCAAAAUGGCUAAACAAUAUCCCCAGCAUCAGUGGUUGAUGGCAGCUGGUGGUUUAGCACUCGAGGGACUUUGCUGCUUUAUUAUUCCCUUUUCUACAUCCUAUAAAAUGCUAAUGAUUCCAUUGUGUGGCAUAUGUUUUGGAAUUGCCCUCAUUGACACGGCACUUUUACCAACACUUGGCUAUCUUGUGGACGUGCGAUACGUCUCGGUGUACGGAAGUAUUUACGCAAUUGCUGAUAUUUCGUACAGUGUUGCCUAUGCUGUGGGUCCAAUUAUUGCCGGUGGUGUUGUCGAAGCUAUUGGAUUUACGGCACUUAAUUUCUUCAUUGCUUUCACUAAUCUUGCUUAUGCGCCGGUUCUUUAUAAUCUAAAGCACAUCUAUGACUUCAAACCCUUCCAGGAUGAGGCGAAUGUUCUUAUGCAAGAUCCACCUGACAAGGAAUAUCAAACGUAUGCAUUGCAGGAGCAAAGGCCAAUUACAGGUGAGGUGGGUAAUCAUUUGACGCAAGGUCGAAUGGAGACGAACAUUGAUCAGGAUCCAAAUUAUCAGAGUACACAAUAUAAUCAAACUGGAUAUGGUCAGGAUUAUCAGAGCGGUUAUAGUCAACAAUCUGGACAGGGUUAUGUUUAUGAACAGCAACAACAACAAUCAUCAGGAUAUGAUGAAUCUGCGAGUUAUGGAGGGCAGAGAGGAUACGACCAAUCCCAACAGAGAGGACAACAACAACAACAACCUGAAGUUAAUCCAUUUAGGAAAGCACAGGAACCAGAUUCGAGGCCAGCUGGUGGUGACAGUAAUCCAUUCAGAGCUGGAAUGUUCCAGUAAACACAAACAAAAAUUUACAAUAGCUGACUAUAAAAAAAAAGUGAGCAAAUGAGUCUUCUUAUAGACCAUUUCCGACUGUUGAAAAAAAAAAAUUAUUAUUAUUAUUCGCUGAAGGAUCAAUUCGAGGUCCUAGACUAGUCUUCAAGGCAGGCUUCCAAAAAUCAUCAUCCAGAAAACGCUCUUACUCUCUCUCUCUCUUUCUCACACUUUCUCGCGAAUUCCGAGAAACACGAGUGCGCGAAUUGAUAAAAUUCUGGUUUUUUUGGUUGGAUUUUUUUUUAUUUUGCCUUAAUAUUAAAAUCGUGUGUCCGUGAAUGAAUUCGUGAUGUGAAAGAAAUCGGUGAGGGAGAAGGGUUGUGACGAUGAAGACAACAAAGGAUUAUUGUGAUUUAUUAACUAGUUAAAAUGACAAUGAAUAGUGUUUUUCUUUUUUGCGAGUGCGGAAUUAGGUGAUAAUAAUAAUAAUAAUAAUAAUAAUAAUAUGAGGGUCAUCAAGAAAAAAAAUGGAAUCAAGAUCAUCAAGGAAUAGUAGAAAAUUACAAAGCUAAUUCAAAAUUUAAAAUUGUAGAUAAAAAUAUAUGGAUCAUAAAAAUGAAAAUUGAAUUUCUCUUUUAAUUCGUUAUUUUGAAAAAUGAAAGAAUGAUAUGAAAAAUUUUCGUAAUUGUCGAAUUACAAAAAAAUUAUUAAAGAACAAAAACGGAAUAACAAGAAAAAAAAAUCGAAAUAAUUACGGUAGAAAGAAUAUAGGAAUUUGAAAUAUAAAAAAUAGAAAACUUAUUUUUCAAAUACUUUUUUUAAAAAUUAUGAUCCACGGGAAGGAAGCGGAAAAUAACAACAGCUUUCUAGAAGAGGAAAAAAAUUAGCAAAAAAAAUAAUUAAGUGUGAAAGUUCAAAUAAAGUGAUGAUCUCUAAUCGAAUAUGGUGCUGACCAAAAAAAACUACGCUUUGUUUAAAAAAACGGUUGCAAUCGGGAGACAGUAAAAGGUUGUGGUGGUUAUACAACUUCAAGGCAAAUUAUAGAGGAUCAGAUAUAAAUAUAAAUAUAUAUAUAAAUAUAAUAUAAUAUUAUAUAUAAUGUAUAAUAUAUCAAAUAUUAUAUAUUAUAUAAAAUAUAAUUACUAGAAAAACGUGAAACGAUGGCUCCCAGUCAGCAAGGGACUCUCGUCCGUUAUAGUAAAUUUUGUUUUCGUUAUAGAUUUUAAUUUUAAUCGAUUCGUUGCUGAACCAAGAUAACAUAUCAUCAGGAUUCCUGAGAGGGAAUCCAAAAACCUAGAAUAUAAGUCGUUAAGUUUAGGGAAUAAGAAAAAAAAGCGAUCGCGACAGUGAUAUAUAGUCAUUGACAUAUUUGUGAACUGAUAGCAAAAAAAAAAAAAAUUCAUUCUAAUCGAAAAUGUUUUCAAAAAAAAAGUAAAUUCUUUAAUUUAAAAAUAAAAAAUAUAUUUUUUGUACACGCGUAAUUAAAUGAAUACCUAAAUUUUUUUUUUUUGUUUCUUUGGAAUAUAAAUAAUUUGCAAAAUAUUAAAAUUUAGUUCAAUAAUUAAUAUUUCAAAUAUAAUUGCAUAAAAAAAAAUUGUUUAUUGCGCAUAAAAAAUAUAUAUCUUUUCAUUAUCAAGAAUUUAUUAACGACAGUCAGAGUUUAUAUAUCAAAGAAACUUUCAAAGACAAACUUUAUGUUAGGGAAUUUUUUUUUUUAUACGAAUGAAUAAAGUAUUUUAUUUCUUAUUCAUAUUUUCUUUACAUUUACUAAAGAUAAAGGAAUUCAGGUCAAAUAUCUAUUUCAAAUACUUUUUUUUAAUCAAAUAGAAAAUUAUUUUUAAAUAAAAGAAAGAAAAAUACUUUUUUUUUUUUUCCUUUUAAUUGGAUGAAUAAUAAUGAUUGUAAAUCGGGCAUUAUGAAAGUAUCGUCGUGUUUAUGUAUAAUUAAAUAUAAUCGCGAUAAUUUAGCAUAUCUUGAGAGGAACAUAUCUGUAUUUUUGUGAAUAUCCUUUUCCAAUUAUAAAAUUUAUAGAGAUUUUUUUUAAUUUUAUUCUCCGUCUUGUUCAAAUUUCAUUUAUAUACUCGAAUUCAAAAGGUGCGCAAUAUUUUUAGUAUCUUUUAGGCGUAUUUUAAAUGUUAAACUAUAUAUACUUAUAUAUAUAUAUUAUCAUAUCUCUUAUUGAGACUUGAACGUAAUAUAUUAAACUUUUGCAAAUUUAUUCAAUUAAUUUUUUUUUAAUUUUUCUUCUAAAAAAAAUUUUUAAUUGUAAACUUUGUUUCUAUAUAUGUACUGCUAUAGUCGUAUUUUCAAAUUUUAUCAAACUAAAAUAAAAAUGCUCGUUAAAUGCAACGGCCUAUAUAAUAUUAAAUAAAAUUUUGUACGCGAUUUUUAAAAAAAUCUUUUAUUUCGAAAUUUUUCAUUUUUUAUUAUUUUUUUUUUUUGAUUGCUUAAUUACCUGUCGAAAAAUACAAAUAAAAAAAUUAAUUUUAAGCAUCAUAAUAAAUAUAAAAAAAAGAUAUAUUAUAUAUAUGUAAAAUAAAUAAUAUAUGUUGAAAUGUAAGUUGAUUCGUUAAAAGUUUUUGCAAAAGUCAGUUGUUACGAAUAAGUCAAGUAAUAUUAAUAUUCUUACCUUCAAUAGUCAAUAAAUUAAGAAAAUCGCGAAAUAAACAACAUUUCGCAUUAAAUUAAUUAAAAUAAAAAAGAAAAUCUUUGUUUAAAAAGAAAAUUAUUUUGGGCAUUUUUAAAAUAAAAAAAAAUUCUAUAGAGUACAUAUAUUCCGAUAAUUUUUCAAUUACUAAAAUUAUUAACACAAAAAAAAAACUAUGUAUUAAUAAUCUAUUUGUAAUUGUUCAAUUCUUCUAAAUAUUUUACAUGAAAAAUAUUCCAAACAAAUUAAUAGAAUUUCAAUGUAACAAUUUUAAAAAAAAAGUUGUUAAAUUAUUCAAACAAAAGUAAAAAUUUUAAUUUUACUUAAUUUAAAUUCCGUUGAAUAUUUGAUUAAAAAUUUUUAUUUAUUUUUAAAUUAAUUUAAUUUAACCAAAAUUUAGUAUUUGGAGUAAAAAUUAAAUUGGUUUCACUUUGGAAAAAAAAAAUUCGAGAGUACAAAAAUUUUAAAAAUUCAAAAAAAAGAGAAAAAAACAAGAACCAAAAAGCUAAUUUUGGAAAAAAAUACAAAAAGAAUUUCAAUUAUAUCUAUUUACUCGUAAUAAGUAAAAAAAAUAUCGUGUUGAACGCGUUCAGUUUACAGUGCCUGACUUUAAGAGUUCUUAUCCGCUAUAUAUGAAUAAUUUGCUAAAUCUAUAAAAAAAAAAACCUCUCCUUAAAAAUAUAGUUUAAUUAAAAUAGCUUCGCGCAUACUGAGCAAUUUUUUUUUGCGCUCAUAUAGAUCGAUUUAUACAAGUAUAAGGAAAGAAUGGAAUGUGUGAGUAAUUUGCCGUUUCUUGAGAUUCACGAUUCCAAUGAGCUGGCCUCCAUAUUAAGGGAUAGUAAAAGAGAGAAAAAUAUAUAUAUAUAAUACCGAAAACUUUGACUCCACGUAGAAGUCUGUAGAUAUUUUUAUCUCCCGUAUUAUCAGUGUAUUAUUCUAAUAUCGUAGUCACCACAAGUAUAAAAAAAAGAAGAAUGAAUUCGAUCGAAAUAUACACCCAGAAAAAAGUAAACCUCAUUUUUAGUGGAUUCCUCUCAUUUUAAUGUAAUUUUUUUCUUUUUUUUUUUAAUUUUACCAUUUCAAAAAUUUUCUCAUAUUGAAAAAAAGCUGAUUCAUUUAAAAUUCUAAACCCGAACUCUUAAUCGAAGAGGAAUACCGCUUUCAAAAAAAUAAUAAAUUCUAUUUUUAAACGGAUUUACUCUCAUUAUGAGAGGAUAAUAAAAAAAAUUCAAUAAAAAGAGGAAUUUUCCUCUUAAAAUGAGAUUACUUUUUUCCUGGUGCAUAUGAAAAAUGCUAAACAGUUACAGGAAUAAAUUAUACAUACAUAUGUAAAACAUGAUACGAAUAUUAUAAGCUGCAGAUACAAGUACAUACAUACAUAUCAAUAUAAUGCAUAUAUAUAUAUUUAUAGAUAGACAAAUAUUAUAUAUUAUAAUAUUAUAUUAUAAUAUUUAAUAUAUUAUAAGUAAUCCUAUCUUCUUUUAUCUCUUGUAAAUAUUGUCAAAAUAAAAUUAUCAUUACAAGUAAAGGGAUUGAAAAACGUCUCUGUAUGAUGACUUGCAUUUGCACUCGCCUACCUUGUAACAUACACGCAAAUGUAUCGAAUUUUUUUUUUUUUUAGAAAAAUUGAUUAUUCAGAAAAAUGAUUCAGCAUUUAUAAAGAAAUUUCGUUAAAAUUAUCAGUUGUUUUUUAAGAAAACAAAAAAAAAUUUACUUUUUAUAUACUCUUGGCAUCUGUUUAAAAAAAAAAUUUCUUCUUUUUAGAAAAUAAAUUGCAAUAAAAUAUUCUAAAAUAAGUGCGGUAAAUAUAUUUCUAAGAGUAAAUUUUUUGUAAAAUAAAUUCUCUGUUAUAAAAAGCGAACUAAAACAUAUUUCUAUAAAAAAAAUUUUCUUCCAAUUAAAAAAAAUGUUUAAAUCAAAGGAAGUUUUUUUGACUCAAAAAAUUCGAUCUUCUGUAAUAAUUUGUCAUUGAGCACCAAAAAAAAAAUCACUGUCAUUUUUUCUGAACAAGCAAUUUUUCAAGGUAAAUUUAUGCGAUGAUAAAAAAAAAUAAAUAAAGGCGCAAUAUUGUGUUUAGCUAGCGUGAAGUUUUUAUUGAAAAAAUAUAUAUAUAUUCUAUAAGUUUGUUUAAUAAAAGCUCCUUUUUAUUUGUUCGGAAAGGUUUAUAUCCUUGCCAUAAUAAUGAAAGUCAACGAUGAAAGUAUCUCUCGUAGAGGACGCGACGCGCGGAAAUCAAAAUAACUGGGCUGAUUUAAAAAAAAAAAUAAAAGAACGACCCUCGUCGCACAGGGAAAGUAUAGAUAGCAUUGAAAUAUUUAGAUCUAGGGUAUUAACUCUAGAUGACCGUAAUGAUUUUUCACACAUAUACUUCCAGUCAGGCGAAAAAAAAAAAUAACCCACUAACUCACAAUAAAACUUACAAAUAUAAUCGACUAUAUAUAUAUAAAGAUAUUGUACUUCAUUAAAAAAAAAGGUUUACAUUUUUCUUUUUCUAUUUUAAUUGACAAUAAUUUAUACAUGUAAUAUUAAUUACUACUCUAAUGUUAUUAUAAUAAUUUGUAUACUAUAUAAAAAUCUAGAAGUAGAAGAAUAUUUGAUAUUGAAAAAAAAAGAAAAGAAAAAAUAUAUAUUAAAAGUGUAAAGUAGUCGUAGAUAGAUAUUCUCAAAAAUAUAAUUAGUGGAAAUAAAAAGAAAAGUAUUUGUGAGAUAGUGGGUUAAAUAUAUCGGCCAAUGCAGUGAUUGUUUUUCCGCACACGUGUCACACAUAUCUUAUCCCCACGUAAAAAAAAAGAAAAUAGUAAGAAUUAAUAUCUAACCUAUGUCAUACUGUCGUGUGCAAUACAAAAAAAAAAGAAAAAAAAGAAAA